GAGUGCUCUAUCUUCUCUGUUUCUAGUAUCUUUGCCUAUAUGAAUAAUUCAUUAACUAGGCCUAGUCGAUUUGUUGCUACGUGUGGCGCCAUUUUGUUGUGAAACAAACAGUCCGUGUCAUGUGAAUAAUUAUAACUCCAUGUGUGAAUGCAGCUGAAAACAGCCUGGCUAAUAGAGAGUUUUAUUGAUUUUUAUGGUAUAUAAUUUAUGUCAGUCAGCCGCCCACGAUAAAAGUAGAAUGUUGUGAGUAAACAGAAGACGAACAGACGACGUCAGUAAGAUUUUCUUGUAAUAAUCAUUAUAUUUAGGCCUAGGGCCUACUCCAUUUUAAUUGCUUUGAGGCCUAUCACGUCUGUGAUGACUGAUCCGAGCCAUGAUUCAAGACAAACAUGAAUGCAAACAGCGACACAGAUGGCACAAUCAUGUACAUCCAGCAUACUCUAUCCAUGGUGAUAUAUUAAACAUCAAAAUCAGAGAGGGACGCAACAUAAUGGUGCAGCAUAUAGUUAAGGGUGAAAGAAGGCCUUCUUGUGUACUCAAGAAUGUAAAUAGUUUGUAUGUUGAUAGCAAUACCUCCCAAGUUCCUGUAAAAUGCAAUCAAUGUGUGUCAGAAAAUAUUGUUAUAGACAAAAUUGUAAAAUCUUCAGAAAUCCAUGAAGUUGAGACCUCACCAAUAGUAAGUGGAACAUCACCAACACGUAAUGUUAUAUUCUUUAUUCAUGGUGUUGGAGGCUCCUCAAAACUAUGGCAGCAUCAAAUUGAGUAUUUCUAUCAAGGAGACUAUGAGAUUGUAGUUCCGGACUUACUUGGUCAUGGAUUGAGCAGUGCCCCAAGGCCUAGGAAAGCUUACACAUUUACAGAAAUAGCAAAUGAUGUGCUUGCAUUGUUUGAUAAAUUUGCCAAAGAGAAAAAUAUACUUGUGGGGCAUUCUUAUGGGUGUUCAUUCUGUACAAAGGUGGCCUGUGAAAGAAGCAAUCAGGUAUCAAAAUUGAUAUUAAUUAGUGGUGGUGGUCCUCAAUCAUUAGAGCCUCAACCUUGCCAGAUAUUUUGCCUGCCAGUUUGGAUCUUGUCCUGCAUAAAGCCCAUAAUUGUCAAUGGAUUCACCAAACGUGCCUUCAAAGAUCCCAAAAAGCAGUCACAGUCAGACAAGGAUAACUCUUUCAACGCCCCAGUAAAUAUUCUCCAUGCUAUGAUGAAAGGACAAGAUUGGGCUGAGGGAAACAAGAGCUACCAUGCCGAAAUCAACACACCUGUUCUGCUCAUCUAUGGCAUGCAGGAUCAAUUUAUAAGCCUUUAUGAGGAAGACGAGAUGGUGAAGACAAUUCCCAACUGUAAAUUGGAAACUGUAGAAGCUGGCCACAUGGUGAUGUUGGAGGAACCUGACAAGGUCAAUGACCUCAUUAAGGACUUCAUCGAUAACAACCUGUUUGAGUGGUCAGAAGUUGAAACACCACCUGAUGCCUAUACACCUGUCAAGCUUAGUAAUACAACUAGCAAUUCGACAUUCCAGUAGUUUAAAUAUUUAUAUUGUAUUAUAUUUAUAUACCUGUAUUAUAAUUUACACAGGGAUACUUUAUUGAGAAAAGUAUAGUUUUUAUAGAACAGUUCAUAUUACCAUUAUAUUAGUGAUACAAAAAUAAUUUUGAUUUAUCCCUAACUAAACUUGCAUACAGUACAUCCUUAUGAUUACACUUUGAAGUGAUUACACUCUGAAGUAAUUCCUUCGGUAGAAAAUCAUGACAUUCUGUGUGCUAUUUUUCUGGGUACCGCCUAUACUGCAAUUAACAGAUUCAAGAUAUUAUCAAGUAAUUACAUGCAGUGUUAAUGUAUUUGUAUUUUUUGUCAGUUAAAAUCUGUUAGGAAACUGUUUUUACAGAAAUUUAUUGGAGUAGUGGACAGUAGUUAUUGUGUAUAAGCCCACCUCGGACCCCUUGA